AGUGGGAGGGGCAUGUCUAUAAACAUGGCUUCUCACUCAAAAGAAGAUGUGGAAGAUUUGGACUACAUGUCUGACUUAUUCAUUGCAGAAAUUGCUAAGGCCAAGCCUAAGAGACCCAGUGCACCUAAAAGACUUCAGCAAAAAAAGAAAUCUUUCUCAAGGAAAGGUUCUAGUGGUAAAUUGGAACAGCAAGCCAGAGAAGAUGGUCUAGCCAAGCCUAUUUCAGUCGAAAACAAAGGCUAUUCGCUGUUAUGCAAAAUGGGGUAUGUGGAAGGAGAGACUUUAGGAAAAUCAGGAUCUGGUGGUAGAGUUAAUCCAAUAUCAGUGACAGUCAAAGAAGAUAGAUUAGGAUUGGGCCGUGAAAGUUUUAUCAAAGAAAAAGACGAGAAAGAGAAGGAGCUUCAAGAUAAGCAAUUGUCGGAUUUUCGGCAUCAUUGCCUCUCACAGUCGGCACAAAGAAGGAUAAGGAGUGACUUAAAGAAGAGCAGACAAACUUGUGAACAUUUGGAUACUAUCAAUGGAUAUUCAGAGCCCAUUGCUAGUUGGUACUGGCUAAGCACAUGUGCAGCUGAGGAAAGAGAAGUAGCUGAAGAAAGUGACGAAGAAGCUCCACCAAACGAUGAAGAGCAAUUGCAAGUAUUAAUAAAUUAUCUUCGUAGCCAUUAUUUCUAUUGCCUCUACUGUGGUUCAGAGUAUGCUAGUAAGUAGUGUACUAAUGUUGUGCAUU